AUGGGUACAAACUCAUCCAUCGGACCUCCCCCUUCAGAUGGUGGCUUACAUGUUGCAGCUUACCUUGCUGGUACUCGCAGCCCUCACUACAGAGACACCAUUUGGAGUGUGAAAUUAAAGGUCGGCGUUCCUGAUGACAUACAUGGCACUGAGGAUACACGAGACAAACUGAGACAUCUCGAGACACGCUCCUCAUCACAGAUUAUGACAGAGUUUGGAGAGUCAAGACAGAAAGCUAUAGCGGCUCAACAUCUUUUGCCGAUUACGCCCGGUGUAACAUUCACCUUGUAUGACGUAGAAGAUCUGAGGCAGUUGUUUGCUGAUAAUUAG